AUGCUCCUCUCACCAAACCGCACGAUCGCGCUGACGUGCGUGGUCUUUGUCUUUGUGCUUCUGACAGGCUAUCAACCACUCAUGCGCAACUACGUCCCGAAUCCUCUCCAGCAUGUCUUGAAGAAUGGUACAAUCGAGGUUCCUUCGUUUCUCACGGAAUUGAAUCCAUUCUGGACCACCGAGCAGCUUGAACCCCGAUUUGCCUACGCGCAAUAUGCCACGGACAUGGAUUAUUUGUGCAAUGCGGUGAUCAACUUCAACCGCCUGGACAGAUUCGGUAGCAAGCACGACCAGGUCCUAAUCUUCCCAGACAAAUGGGCGGAAGGGGAUUCGAAGGAAGCAAAGGCCAUCAAGGCUAUCCAAACCACCCUUCCCAAGGUCGUCCUACGACCCUUCGAUCUGCUCACCACGCACAAAGGUGACUCAACGUGGGCCAACAGCCUCACCAAGUUCCACGCGUUCGAUCUGACCGACUACACUCGCGUCCUCGCCUUCGAUUCGGACUCGCAAGUUCUGAACAACAUGGAUCACUACUUCCUCGCCCCGAUGGCCGCGCUCGCGGUCCCGCGCGCGUACUGGCUGAAUGAGAAGGACGCGGCCAUCGUCGACCAGGUCUUAGGCUCACAUGUCAUGCUCCUCGAGCCGAACGAGGCGCGCUACAAGAAGAUUAUCGACGAAGCACAGAAGUCAGGUGACUUUGACAUGGAAGUCAUAAACCACUUGUUCAAGGACUCGGUCAUGAUUUUGCCACAUCGGCGGCUGGCACUUCUGACAGGGGAGUUCCGCGGGAAGGACCACCGGAACUACCUUGCGCCGGACGAGGAUGACGAGUGGAACGCCAUGGGCGAAGUCUCGAGGGCCUACCUCGUCCACUUUAGCGACUGGCCGCUGCCGAAGCCUUGGAAGCAGCAUUCAAGUGCUGUGUGGGAGGCCACCCGGCCCGAGUGUCCCGCGGACGAAGAGGAGAAGCCUGAUCGACCAAGGUGUGCGGAUCGCGUGAUGUGGGAAGGGUUCUAUGAGGAGUAUAAUGCCGACAAGGAGCGGUACUGCGCACCUGUGUUGUAA